GUCCAUUUUCUCAAAGGAUGGAAACACCUGCUUGUUUACGUGGUCGAUUUGCAUGAACACAAGAAUCAAUAUACAAAGCUUCAACUUGAAAAUUCCACAUUAAAAGUCAAAGUAAAAAAAAUCUGUCAGAGAAAAUUGAACAGCUACAGAAAAAACUAUUGAGAACAAAUAUGCCUGGAGAUGAUAAAAAAUUAAGUAAACUUGUUACGUUAAAUCAAUCUUUGGAAUAUGCUUUGGAUCAAGAAAAGAAAAAAAGUGGAGAAUUAGAAACAAUGCUAAGAGGAUUGAGGACAGAAAAGAAGUUAAAUAAAUAUAAAUAUGAAGAGCAUGGUUUCAAUGGAGAUUUGAAAGCCAGUGAAAUUGAAAGCCAAAAGGAGUUUUUAUGUAGGAAAAUGAUUCAAGAGCAAGUUCAAAAACUAAAAGAAGAUAAAAAGGAAUUGGAGCAGGAGGUAACAAAACUAAAAAGUCAUAUGGAAAGAAACAUUGAAGGACAAUUAGGAAAAUAUAAAAAAGAACUUGAAGAACAUUUUAAUAAUGAAUUACAAACAUCCUUAAAACAAAUCAAUCUAUUUUUACAGAAAGAAACAGAACAUCGAGAUCAUUUAUUUGAGUUAAGAGAAACCCAAAGAAAUGAGAUGGAACUCAGAAUUAAAGAUCUGGAAUCUGAAGUCUCUCAAAGUAGAACCCAAAACAAUUCUACCAAAACAGAACUGGAAAAAUUCAAACAACUCUAUCUAGAAGAACAUUUACUUAGAAAAUCAUUGUCAAGUGAACUAAAUGAUCUUUGCAGAGCCAUUGAGAUGCUAGAAGAAACCAAUAACAGACUUCUGGUGAUACAGCAGAAUAGCACUGGGAACUCAAGGCCUAUUGGAGAGGGUCCUCUUGAAAGAAAUCUUCAUAGCAACUUGGGACUCAACAGAAAUUUUAUGCCAAGAGAAAUGCCUAUCUCAUACCCACAAUCUUCAUGUAAAACCUUGAAGAAAUAUCUAACUAAGGAAUUAUGGGGGCUGUGAGGGUGGAACUUUCUUACAUCUGCAUCAUUCAGUGCCCCCUGUGGAAACAUCAAUUUCUGAGGACAUGGUUUGAAAACUACCAGCUAUGAGGGAAUUCUUCUAAUGAGCUUAAAGUUCAUGGUACAUUGGUCUACUGUUUUUAUGAUUUAGAUAUGAGGUGUCUCCCAGAUCUUGUGUGAAACAAUGCAAGAGUGUUUACAGGUGACUGGGUUUUCAAAGCCUUACCUAAUCAGUACAUUAAUCCACUAAUAAGGAUUAACUUGGUGCUAACCAUAGACAGGUAGGUUAUGGCUGGAGGAAGGUGGGUCUUUGGGGUAGUGCCUUUGCAGUUUAUAUUUUGUCCUUGGCAAAUGGAGUCUCAGCUUCCUGGUUCCCCGUUCUCAGCUGCUUCCCUCCACCAUACCCUUCCACCAUGAUGUGUUGCCUCACUUUGAGCUCCAAAGGAUGAACCCAGCUAACUAAGGAUUGAGAUCUCUGAAAAUAUGUAUCCCAGAAUAAACUUUUUCCUCUUUAAAAUUGUUC